AUGAAGGCCUCUCAGAUCUUCCUCUCCGUGGCGAUGGCCUCCUCGGCCGUCGCCAGCCCGGCCAGGCGGCACCGGUGCGGCAGCCACCCUGUCUCUUCUACGGCCUCUGUCUACCCGACUGAGUCCUCCGUCUACUCUGCCGAGUCCUCUAUCUACUCAGCUGAGUCUUCGGUCUACCCAACCGAGUCCUCCGCCUACCCGACCGAGUCUUCUGUCUACUCGGAGCAGUCCGCAACGACCACGGGCACAGAGCUGACCACGACCGAGACGGGCACCCAUACCCAGACGGCGACCGUCACCGAUGACGAGGUCUUCACUGCCUACACCACCGUCACCGUGACUAUAACACCCCCGGCCUACACGGAGCCCACUCCUGCGGGCUUCGAGCCCAUCAACCCCACGCAGGCACCCAUCCCGCGGAGAUCCUUCCGUGCCAGCUGGCUCUAUGCCCGCCAGAACGAGACGAGCCCCUUCCCGCUCAACAACGGCACCUUCUCUCUGCCCCCUCUUCCCACGGGCGCCACCACCACGGUCCUCCCUGAGGAGUCCACGGCCACGACCGCUUCCGAGGAGCCCACAGCCCCGGUCUUCUCCGAGGAGGCCGCCACGACCACGACCGUCUCUGAGGAUCCCACCGGCCCCGUCUUCUCCGAGGAGGCCACGGCCACGACCUUGACCCCCGUUGAGACCACCUUGACCCCCGUUGAGACCACCUUGACCCCCGUUGAGACCACCAUGACCCCCGUUGAGACCACCUCGACCCCUGUCGAGACCACCAGCGCCCCGGCCAUGACCACCGCCACCGUCACCCGCUUCACCUCGACCGUCACCUCGACCAUCACCUCGACCGUCUACGCCCCGACCCCUACCGUCUACGCCGCCUGCGCCGCCGACAACUACCUGAGCGAGUACCAGAACUCGCCCAUCGGCACGGUCCAGACCCCUGCCAGCGUCCAGACCUUCCCCGGUGUGGAGAGCGCCGAGGACUGCUGCACGGCCUGCAUGAAGGAGCCCACCUGCGGCAUCAGCUACUUUGACGACACCAACGCCUCGUGCUUCGGCAGCACCCAGGGCGAGCUCGACCGGUGCGACGCCAGCCAGGAGAUUGCCUACUUCAACGUCCAGGAGACGGACGCGUUCUACACCAUCAGCAACGGCCGCUGCGGACAGUGGUACUUUGACGAGCUGUCCGAGUAA